UCCUCGUGAGAGAAGGAAAAGUUUGAAAGCAUAAACCCAAACUCCAACUUUUCGAACUCUGCAGCAUCAACCAAUCUGUUAAAAUUCUUCUCUAGAAAAGAUGUUCCUGCGUGUGGCUGCAGCAAAUUUGCUGAAAAAACUUCGGUUUCCUGCUUCUUAUGCCUCCCCUGCCUCCACAGUAACCACCACAAAUGAACUUUCCGUUAAGCUCAAACUUCCCCGUUGGUACCAAACUGGUGGACAUGGUUGGAGGAUAAAUCUUAGGGAUCCCUGUUUAUGGAUUGUUAUAUCUGGACAUGUAGCAAUGACUUUAGGAAUUAGUGCCAACGCCACAUUUGCAGAAAAUGCGACAACUGAAGCAUCUUCUAACAAUGACCUGGGAGAUGACUUAGUUGGCUUGAGAAAGAUUGAGGAUGGUUCUGUCGUAUCAAACAUACAUACAGCAAAAUGGAGAGUCUUUACUGAUAAAGCGAGAGAAUUUUUUCAGCAGGGAAAACUAGAUGAAGCUGAAAAACUCUUCCUUUCUGCUAUACAAGAAGCUAAAGAAGGUUUUGGCGAGCAAGAUCCGCAUGUUGCUUCUGCAUGCAACAAUCUGGCAGAAUUUUACAGGGUCAAAAGGGCAUUUGAUAAAGCAGAGCCAUUGUAUUUGGAAGCCAUCAAUAUAUUAGAGGAAUCUUUUGGUCCUGAUGAUGUACGGGUUGGAGUUGCUGCUCACAACCUUGGGCAGUUCUACCUUGGACAGAAGAAAUUGGAAGAAGCCCGGGUUAAGUACGAGCGCGCCUUGAAGAUAAAAAGGCGUGUUCUAGGUUAUGGCCAUUCAGAAUGUUCAGAUACAAUGUUUCAUCUAGGAGUGGUGUUGUAUCUUCAAGGAAAAGAAAGGGAUGCUGAGGUCCUUAUUAAGGACUCUAUAAGAAUGCUGGAGGAAGGUGGUGAAGGGGAGUCAUCUGUAUGCAUUAGAAGACUACGUUACCUCUCACAGAUAUAUAUGAAGUCACAUCAAGUUGCUGAAGCUGAGAUGGUUCAGAGAAAGAUCCUGCAUGUUAUGGAAUUGUCAAAGGGAUGGAAUUCCUUGGCUACAGUUAUUGCAGCCGAAUCUCUGGCUUUGACCCUGCUAGCAUCUGGCAAUACAAAAGAUUCAAAAGAUCUUCUUGAAAGAUGUCUUAAUGCCAGGAAGGACUUGCUUCCCAGUGAUCAUAUUCAGAUUGGUGCAAACCUACUUCAUCUAGCGAGAGUGGCAAUGCUUGACUGCGGUCGACAUAAAAUGUUGGAUGUUUCUAAAGCUGAAGCUGAGCUUGACAUGGCAAAGAAUCAUUUGCAUAAUUCCAUAAGGAUUGCACGUGAAUGUUUACGGAAGGUAUCAAAACAAAAGGACAAGUUAAAGAGAUACAGUGAGCCCGGGGAUUCUAGAAAGGAAGGCCAAGCAGCAUUGGCCAUAUUGUUGCAAUCGCUCAAUACAUUGUCAUCAGUAGAGCUAGAAAAGCAAGAAUUGCAGAAGAUUCAGGAAGGGAAUAUUAACCUCGAGGCUCAGGAGGCACUUCUUCAAUGCAUUUCUGCUUACAAAGAGAAAUUCUGGUGACGAAAUAUUUGAUGAGAGUACACACAUGGACGGGUAGUUUGGAGAAUUAUUAUUGGACAUUGUGCUUGACAGUGGCUUCUACAAUGAUCCAAGAUAUUAGGAGUCAUGGGUGGUCCAUAGAUCAGAGUCCCUAAUAUUUUGACCGUCCUGGGCUUGGGCUGGGGCUUGGGCUGUGGUUGGGGCUGGGCUGUGGCUGUGGCUGGGGUUGGGGCUGUGGCCGGGCUGGGCUGGGGCUGUGCUCAUAGAAAUUCUGGUAACGACAUAUUUGAUGAGAGUGCACACAUGGAUGGGAGUUUGGAGAAUUAUUAUUGGACAUUGUGCUUGACAGUGGCUUCUGCAAUGAUCCAAGAUAUUAGGAGUCAUGGGUGGUCCAUAGAUCAAAGUCCCUAAUAUUUUGACCAUCUUGGGCUUGGGCUGUGGCAGGGCUGUGGCUGUGGCUGGGGUUGGGGCUGGGGCUAGGCUGUGGCUGGGGUUGGGGCUGUGGCUGGGCUGGGGCUGUGGCUGGGCUGGGGCUGUGCUCAUAGAAAUUCUGCUAACGAAAUAUUUGAUGAAAGUGCAUACAUGGAUGGGAGUUUGGAGAAUUAUUAUUGGACAUUGUGCUUGACAGUGGCUUCUGCAAUUAUCCAAGAUAUUAGGAGUCAUGGGUGGUCCAUAUAAAUCAAAGUCCCUAAUAUUUUGACUGUCCUAGGGAUGGGCUGUGGCUGGGGCUGCAACUGGGCUGGGACUGCAACUGGAGCUGUGGCUGUGAGAGUUGUUUUUUUUACAUCUUUACUUUAAGGAAACAAAAUUUUCAUCUCCUUACAUGCAUUUGAGACGCUACAAAUUAUGUUUCAUUAGCAAAUCAUUACAUGAAGGGUGUGAAUAUCUUCCAUGCAUUUCUUUCAUAUGGGUGUUUGAGAUCUGUUCCAACUU